AUGAUAUCGUGCGCGGCUAUCCAGAAGCUUGAGCGCUACGGCCAGCUGGGCCAGAAGCGGCGCAGCGUCGACGACUUCGUGCAGUCAUCGCUCAAGGACCCGCGGCGUGGAAACGUGUAUGCCUUGACGCAUGUGCCGACGUGGGAGGCGUGCCUCGCGGCCCUGACAGAGGACCACGGUGAUGUCGACAACAAGGGUACCAACAGCAGCAGCAAUAAGACGGAGGCGGCGGCGGAAAUGGCAGUCACGCCAGCGCAGGUGGUUGUCAUCAACGACUCCCUGCUGUACGCUGUGAGUUUCGCCACCGCCCUCGUGGCACAUCACAUGGACGAGCAGCGAUUCACACAGCAGCAGCAGCAACGACACAAAAGGGGCGAAACGGAGGCACUCGAUGGCAAAGUCUUCCAGACUCGUCUGGAGGAGGCGGUGGAGCUCCUGUCGCUCCUUAGCCGCGUUGCGGAGGCAUGCGGUCAUCACGCAAACCGCCGCAACGACGGCUCGUUGGCUGUGACGCAGGCGUUGGCGCACCUCCUCUCAACAGCGGCGGACGCCGUGCUGAUCGCUCAUGUACUGCGCCACACGGAGGCAGGUGGCACAGAGGCCGUUAAGGAAGAGGAAAUGCUCCACGGGUUAUGCCGCAGCGCCACCGGUUUGGUGGAAGCAGCUGCGAGGCAGCUUCGCACAGCGAACGCGCGGCAUCCACUGAGCGCACUCUACAACGUACGCCCAUGUCCGACGAUCCUCCACCAACUCAUUACAAAGGCGAAGUCUAGCAGCAACACAGCAGCAAAAGGCACCGGAGCCAGCAGUCAUUCUUCUGCUGUUGUUUCUGGCCUUCAGGAGGGCGAUGCGGACGCCAUUGUGACAGCUCGACUCCUCGCGUGGGCAGCGGCGGUGCGUCGCGGGACUUUGAUCGUCUCACUUGCGCCCUUCACUUGUUUUCAGAAACUCAGCCUCGUUGACGCCGUCGUGACGGAGGCGCCGGCGUCUUGCUGUUGCAUGGAGGUGGGGGCGUACCGACGUGCGCUGACCUCUCUGGUCUCCAGUACGGCGUGCAACCGGGCAACGCGUGUGGUGGUGUACUUCCGCGGCGACGACAUCAAGCUUAUGCAGAACAACGUACGGGACGGGACGGAGUACGCCUUGCACACGCACGUGACGACACCACCUGUGGAGGAGGCAACGCUGCGUGCCAUGGCUGAGCUACCAGGAGCACAGCAGCAGCACGCUGCCCUUCUUCUUGUGCAGUGGAUGACGAGCAUCCCGUUCUUCUUCCGCAGCUUCUGUGCGGAGCAGAGCUGGACCGCCUUCGCACAGGAGCAGCGGCGGAUGGUGUUGCUGCAGGAGAGUCAGGCGCGACGGCAGCGGCGGGAGCAGCGGCGACGCGGUGUUGCCACCAGAAGUUCCAACACCGCAGACGGCUCUGAGCGAAGCAGCAGUGUGGACAGCAAGAGCAACAGCCACAACGGUGGAGACGUGGAUGAUGAACAUGAUGAUGAUAAUGAUAACAACGAUGAUCGCCAUUCGUCGUUCUCGCAGCAGAGUGCACUCUCGCAGGUGAGCCGCGCUAGCAUGAUUUCGACCAUGUCCAAGAUGUCGGUGGCGUCGUACCGAACGUUUCUUUCGGUCAUCGACGCAGCCCGCAACGACGACGAGGCGGCCGAGGCCACGCUGCACGUUCACCAAUCGGAGGACGGCAACACGAACCUGCCGCUGAUUCUGCUGGAGGAAGUGACGCUCGCACUGCAGCGAUUCGUGAAUGCCGCCAGCGAUGCGGGUGCGGGUGCGAUGCUGGACCUGUUUGGCCUCCGCGCGCUGGCGUGGCGCACAAUUGGUGAGCUGUACACGUUUAUCCAAGGCACCAUUGCUCCUGCAGCUCUGCCGUCGUCUUCAUCAUCCUCAUCGGGUGUUGCGGAUGCAGAAACACCGGCUGUAUUCCACCUCGGCCACGACAUCCGCUACAACAAGGGCCUCGGUUACGAGGUUCUCGGGCUGCUGUUCGCCCAAGUCGUGUUGCCGCAGUUGCUCGCAGCGCGUGGCGGGCCACGUGUGGUGCGGCGGUCCGUUGAGGCGGCACUUACCCGUUGCCUCUCCGCCUAUGAAGUCAUUGCGCCGCAAGUCGUGGAUCAAAAUGUGCCGGCGAUUCUGCGUGUGGCGGCCCACGUUGCAACAGGCACUGUGAUGCAGCCCCAUGGUGAAAGUGACGGAAAUCCUGCGUCCACCACCAUAACAGCAACAACAACAACAACAACAACGAUGCUGCACACCUUCCUCGUUAGUCUCGUGACGCGCCUGGGGAAAAGCAACCAAAUCCCGAUGCUGCUGGACGCCAUCGUCGCACAUGUGAAGGCGGAAGGUGGCACAAAAUGUGCGACAGAGGCAUACGGUGAGGACACCUCAAAUAAUAACGCAAGCAACAGCGGGAAGGAAGGGGAAGACGAGGAUGAGGACGCUGGGAUGGUGGCGGGGCUGCAUGAAGUGUUCGCCCAUCCUCAUGUACGGACUGCGCUUGUGCAAGCGUGCGGCAUGUCGCUUGAUCCAGAAGAGCUUCUGACACAUUUGCUCGCGUAUAUGUCACGGUGGGCAUCAGAGGACGAUGAGAAUAGCGAUAAUGCUGAUGCUUCCGGUACGCAGGCGGAGGCGUGGAAGGGAAGGGUGGCGACGACGCUGCUGCAGCUCCUGCCGCAGCAGGUGCUCUUCCUCCUCGAUGUGGUGGCGACGGUGCUGGAGGGCAUUCUCGCCACCUCUAUCACCGCCAGCGCGCUGCUCGAGCGAGCGGCGGAGUUGGAGCUGACACUCUCUACCCUCCUUGUCAAUCGCCUACAUGCGGUGUUCUUCGCCCGUGACGACGAGGAGGAGGAGGAGGACAGCAGCAACAACGGUAAAAAUACGGCGCGUGUUCAACGUGUGUUUGCCGGAGCGGACGCUGUGCGGCCCAAGCUGCAGCGCCGCCUCGUCUUGUACACACUGCACGCCAUCUAUCAGGCGCGCGAGCUCAUCUGCAGCUGCCUACAGGACCUUGGGAUCCAGAACGUCGANUCGUCUUGUACACACUGCACGCCAUCUAUCAGGCGCGCGAGCUCAUCUGCAGCUGCCUACAGGACCUUGGGAUCCAGAACGUCGAGGCAUACCUGCUGGUGCUGGAGGAGACGAUGUGGCAGCUGGAGACGAGUGUGGGCGCCCUCGUUGGGCCGCUCACGAUCGAUGACUUGGACGCAACGAUGA